UUGGGCGUGUUGUAGUAAGCUCAGGAGCGACGUCAUGUCUGGCCGCGGCAAGCAGGGAGGCAAGGCGAGAGCCAAGGCCAAGUCUCGUUCUUCCCGAGCCGGACUGCAGUUCCCGGUCGGCCGCGUCCACCGCCUGCUGCGCAAAGGCAACUACGCCGAGCGGGUGGGCGCCGGCGCUCCGGUCUACCUGGCGGCCGUGCUGGAGUACCUCACGGCGGAAAUCCUGGAGUUGGCCGGCAACGCCGCGCGCGACAACAAGAAGACCCGCAUCAUCCCCCGCCACCUGCAGCUGGCCAUCCGCAAUGACGAGGAGCUCAACAAACUGCUGGGCAAAGUGACGAUCGCUCAAGGGGGCGUGUUGCCCAAUAUCCAGGCGGUCCUCUUGCCCAAGAAGACGGAAAGCCAUAAAGCGAAAGGAAAAUAGAAGUUGCUCUGAAGAAAA